CUAGUUCAAAUGAACAAGUUCUCGUAGAAUUCAGUCUUUAUUCUAAUCUUCAGUGUUUUGUUUUUUUUUUUAGUCGAAAACCAGUGUCAGCAAGUUGAAGGCGAGAGUAGUUUGGAGGUCGAGGCCUUGGAUAUUUGUGUGUGGCUAGGGUGGCACAUGUGCAAUAAGGAGGCGGAGGAGACAUGGCCUCCGCGGAGCAAAGAACCGAAGUGGACGCCCUUAUGAUGGGGCCGAUCUCGAAACUAAGCAUGCUGCUCACUGUGGUGUCCAUUCUGUGGCGCUUCGUCUCGAUUUGCAUCAACUGGAGCCUGGCGUACGUGUACUGGAUGGAGGAGUCCUACGGAUACUGCGCCUGGACCAUUGGCUCCAUUCUGGUGCCCAUGGUGGUCACAUCGGUCAUAUAUAUACAUACCUUGAAGAGCGCUCAUGCCGGCGAAAAACGCAUCCUGGAGCGAGGGGUGUACUCAAAUGCUGUGAUCUCAUAUCUCUUCCGCGAUGUCUAUGUCCUAAACUAUGCGUUCAAAUACUCGUUGGCCAAGGAGCGGGAUGACAAGCAGGCGGAGAUCGAAUAUUACCAAAAACUCAUGACGGAGGAGUGCAAUGUUAGUUUCGUUCGUCUAUUCGACUCGUUUUUGGAAUCAGCACCGCAGAAAAUACUACAGCUGGCAAUUCUUUUGCAAUCGACAUUGGAGUUCACAUACUACCGCCACAUCGCCCUGAUCGUCUACUUCGGCAACAUAGCGUGGUGCAUCCAGGCGUACAAUCACUCCAAUCGCCUGGCCCAACUGGACAAACAUGAUAUUGCGGCGAAGGGACGAUUUCUGCAAUUUCUCUUCCUGCUCUGCCUCACUGUUAUUCGCUUUUAUUUCGUAGUUUCGAGAACGCUUUGCAUCGCGUAUGUGGCCAGUAUUUUUCCCAUCGAAACGCUGAUCAUCUGCGCGACACUGGCUUGCUUUUACGGCACCAUUGUGUUCUUUGUGGACUCGCCAAUGAUCGCAAAAUCCCGCCCCAUGAACUAUUCGUACUGCCUGUGCUUUGGCGUUGUCUAUCUAUUUAUUUUUACGCCCGUCAAGGAUGCACCAACCAAAUAUAAGUACGCCUUCUAUCUCACAUUCUGUUUGUUGCAAAAUAUCAUCGCCUGCGCUUUGUACAUUCCCUUGUAUCUUGCCACAGCCAUCAUUGCCUUGUAUAUUGUCGGAAUUGUUCUGUUAAUAAUCUACUACACGUACUGCCAUCCAAAUACUGUGCGUACUUAUUUUUAAAAUUCUAGCAUAAUUAGUAGCAUUUUGUAUAUUUGCAAUAAACGUUGUUAUGCCC